AUGGCUUACAACAACUCGACGGACAAGAUCUUGGCAGAGCCAGCGGAAUACCGCGAAAACAUCUUGUUACAAACGGUUACUCCGAGUAGUAUGGACGAUACUCCUAAGGAGGCCGAAGUGGAAGAGAUUGAUCCAAAGCUUUCUCGUAGAGUAAAAUGGAAACUCGACAUCUUCAUCCUGCCGCUCUUAUCGAGCGUUUACUUCUUCGCUACGAUGGGUAAAUCUGAUCUCGGAAAUGCCAAGGUGGCUGGCCUCAGUGACGAACUUAACCUCUCUCCCGGUGACUUUUCGAAUGCGGCGACCGUGCUUCUAGUAGCGACGAUUAUUUUCCAGCUCCCGGGAACGCUCUUAAUCAAGAAAAUUCACCCGAACAGACAGUUCAGUGGAGCCAUGAUAGUGUGGGGUUUCUUGACUGUCAUGACCGUCUUCAUCUCGAAUAACGGACAAUUGUUAGCUCUUCGGUUUCUCAUUGGGGCAGCGGAGUCUUUCGUCCAAGGCGGUGUAUUCUACCUCUCCUUUUGGUACCAAUACUCCGAGUUCGCAACUCGAGGUGCCGUUCUUGCUUCUAUGUCCACUAUUGCCGGCGCCUUCAACGGCAUGAUCGCUUAUGCUAUUGAUAACGGCUUAGAUGGCGUCAAUGGGUGGAGGGCGUGGCGAUGGAUCUUCCUUAUCGAAGGUAUCGCACCUAUGGUAUUUUCUCUUGUCGUAUUCUUUUUCUUGCCGAGUAGUCCGCAGCACCUGAAAUACGGAUUUACCGAAGAAGAGAAGCAGCACAUCAUCCAAAGGAGCGCCAAAGCACACAACACAGGAGAGGGAGGCGUACAAUUCAAACAGAUCUGGAAGGUAUUACUGGACGGUCACUUCUGGCUCUUCAUGCUCGCUAGCUGUGGAGGUUCCUUCUGCCAAUCGUCACUAUCUAAUUUCCUUCCGGAUAUAAUCCAAGGCUUCGGGUACAGCGACGUCAACGCUCAACUGUUCACCAUCAUCGUGUAUGUGAGUGGCUGCGUUGGAAUUAUACUCUUCAGCAGGAUUGCCGAUAAGACGAACGCCCGAGGAAUUGUCCAAGCAGUCUCCCUCAUUCCUGCAGUAAUAGGCUACGCAGUCUUGAUUUGGGUUACAAACAAACAAGUUCGAUUCGCUGCAACAUGCUUUAUUGCAUUCUCCAUUUUCCCCUCUACCGUCCUACAAAUGUCCUGGGCUGCCAUGUCCUUUGUUGGUUACACGCGAAGGGGUUCGGUUUUGGCAUUUUUCAACGUAUUCCCGCAUUUAUUCGCUAUCUCUGGAAACCAGGCUUACCAGGACCCCCCGUAUUACAGCAUUGGUAAUUCAGCGGCUCUGGGAAUGUCCAUCAUGAUGCUAGUCUCGACGGUGGGCCUUAGAUUUUACCUAGGCUACCUGAACAAGAAGAAGGCAGAGAACCAAUACACGGAGAAGUCCAACGAACAAAGACUUAAGAGCAUUGAGGAGCUUGGUGAUUAUCACCCAGACUUUUUCUACACCCUAUAA